UAACUUUUAUUUCUUGAUAGAAAGUAGUGAAGAUGGAUGCCAACGACCAGACAUUCGAUUAUAUGUUCAAACUGUUAAUUAUAGGAAAUUCAAGUGUUGGCAAGACAUCAUUUCUGUUUAGAUAUUGUGAUAACUCUUUUACACAAGCAUUUGUUUCUACCGUUGGAAUAGACUUUAAAGUUAAAACUGUUUACAGGCACGAUAAACGGGUAAAGCUUCAGAUAUGGGACACUGCUGGCCAGGAGAGAUACAGAACGAUAACAACUGCAUAUUAUAGGGGAGCUAUGGGCUUCCUUCUUAUGUACGAUAUCACUAAUGAAGAAAGUUUUAAUGCCGUCAGGGACUGGUCAACACAAGUCAAGACAUACUCUUGGGACAACGCCCAGGUAGUGCUGGUAGGAAACAAGAGUGACAUGGAAGACCAGCGAGUGGUAUCCUGUGAUCGUGGACAACAGCUAGCUGACGAGCUUGGCUUCCCGUUCUUCGAGACGAGCGCCAAGGAGGACAAGCACGUCAAGGCAACGUUCGACAAACUAGUUGACAUAAUUUGCGAUAAGAUGUCCGAGUGUGUAGAUAAGGAUCCGACUCUGAUAAGAAACAUCAACACAACCCAAAAUUUGCAGAGCAAACCGGCCGCUUCCUGCUGCUGAGGGUAACAUGGUGUGCGUGCGCGCGGCAUGGCUGCGCGUGCGUGCGGUAUGGCUGUGUGAACCUUUAAUACUGGACUUUAUCUACCGAUGUUUUAUUAGCUGUAAAGUGAAUUGAGAGACGGCGUUUUGACUCCGUGCCCUUGUAAUAUAUAGGCUUUUAAAAUAAUAAUAAUGAUGAUAUUUCUCCUCGUGCAGUAAAUUAUUCAACAUAUAAUUAUAGUGCUUGUAAAUAAAUAAAAUAGAUCGUCCUCCCUUGGAGCAUUUCAUGUGUAAGCACGUGAGAAAUUGUUAAAUUAUUUAGACGAAUUGAAUGCGCUGGUGAUUAUUAUGAUCUGUGUGCUUUAAAACUAAUUGUCCCAUAUUAUUACUAUAUAAGAUUUCAGCAGGCUCAUUAUAAUUCUAUUGGCUAAAUUUUUGACAUGGCGGAGCCAAUAUUUCAAAUAAACCGGGUUGGUUUCAAGCGAAUCAGGAGCUAUUAUAGCUAAAGUUAAAGGGUGUGACUUUUUUGUGAUAAUUUCUACAAAUUUUGAAAAAACCGUACUCUGGACUGUGGAGAUUUGACUAAAGUUUUGUGAUAAUGCCAGGCAAAAUAAAUGUUAAAUAUCUUUGAUAUGUUUAUUUCAAGAAGUGUCCCUUAACUAAGUGUUAAGGUGCGUGAUCCUGAAGUUUAGUGGCGAGCAGCUAAUGAAAGUAUAUAUUUACUUGCUUUAUACUCUCGCACGGGUGCACUAUGAGUACACUUCCACAGGAGCACCACAGUUACACACUCACAAUGAGCCAGGUAAGGAGCCAGUAAGGAGCCAGUAAGGAGCCAGUAAGGAGCCAGUAAGGAGCCAGUAAGGAGCCCUACUCAAUAGUGAGCACUGAGCAGGUGUUGUUAUAAAACCUUGGUUUAUAUUAUACACCACACACCACCAUAAACAAGUUGGUACACCUCAAACACACGCUCUCCCACAUGUGUUGUGCUGUGUUGGUGGCUGUCACACACCCAUCAUACUCACUGACUCAUUUACCUGUCGCCCUAGGUCACGUGCUCGGUCACGUGCCCACGUGCUGGCCUGUCAUUGGGUGGGUGAGUGCACGUGGGCAGCUGAUCCUUCUCAAAUUGGAUGAUGGGAUGCACCACGUGGUUAUGCGACAUGCUGGUUAGAGAAGAACAGAAGGACAGUAAAUCGUGCACAAUUACAGUAAUGAUCUGACCGCUUGCUUUCUAAUUGGGUGUAAUCACGUCCGACUUUCCGGAUUUAAUUGCAGCUUUAAAAGAGGCAGGAUAGUUGGGUUAUGUCUGUACACAGUGGCGUGUGUGUGUGUGUGUGUGUGUGUGGGUUAUAAGAACAGUAAACGGUAGAGUGUGCUAGAGUACGCUAUACUAUUUACUGUACAGACCUAAAGCACGCGUGUGUGUGUGUGUGUGUGUGUGUGUGUGGUGUUGUGCGUCUGCAUAGUACAAUGAUUAGAGAACAGUACACAAAUUGCAGGCUUCCUAGUAGUGGCCAGUAUCAAGAGGUAAGCAAGUUUAGCUACAAUGGGGGCUAUAUUUAGAAACACUGUAAUUUGAAGAAUUAUAUGUUUAAUGCUACAAAACAUUUACUUUGUCCUAGAAAUUAAAUGCGCAUGGUCACUGUAUUGCUCAUAUUAUGGCCAGAAUUAUCAGCAAAUAGGCAUGCCUGAAUCCUGGUAUUAAACAAGUGUAUAAAAGUUCUUGUGAAGUUAUGUUCUUAUUUUAUGAAACUUGCAAAAAUUUUCCCUCUUCUUGUUUUUUAUGCCCAUUUUAGCAUUUUGAAUAUUUCUAGGUAUAAUACACCGGGUGCAAUCAUCUGUGUCAUCUGGCAACAACAUAACGAUAACACAUUUAUAUUUAAUAACAUUGGGUGAAAUUAGAAAUACGAUUGGAAUACUAGGCAUGAAUUUGAUGAAUUUGAUUCCUUAAUUUCCAUAUUCUGUUUAAAGUUAUGAUUUGAUGACUUAAUUGACUAUUUCUUGAAUAAAUGGCUAAAUAGAAUUUAUCAUUGCAAUUAAUUCAACCGACAAUUUCACAGUUUAUUAACAUUUAACUUUAUUUAACUUCUAAGGAUGGAACUUUUCUUGCCUUCGAAGGUUGCAGAUAAUCUUUAAUUUUAUUGAACCAAAUUCUAGAGAUGCAUUGACGAUUAAUUUGAGUUAAUAUUUAUUUAUUAAUUCGACUGUUAAAAUAUGACCUGUUAAAAUAUAAUAAUGAUUGAUAACAAUAAUAAUAUUAUUAAUGACUAUUUGAAGUGAUGUGAUUUAUUAUAUUACAUUUUAUUGUAUGUUUUAUUCAAUAUGAUUCCCCGAACUCUAACACCAUGCUGUUUACCGGAUGAAAGUGUGCAAUGUCUCCUUGUACAAAGUGUUUGGCAAACAUUAAAUAUUUCAC